GCCGAGCCGAAUGGUACAGAGAGAGAAAGUAGCGAGGAGGAGGAGGGAGCCCUAGUUUUAAGAACCUGGCAGAAAAUGGAGGAAUCGCAGCAGAUAAACAUAACAAGGAUAACAUAGACGUUGUUUACCUUUUCAUGGCCAAACCGGACGACACAGCAGAGAAAGAACCGGAGGCACCGUGGGGGACAUGGGAGGAGCUCCUGCUAGCCUCCGCCGUCAACCGUUACGGCACCAACAGCUGGGACUCCGUUGUCGUUGAGAUACAGAAGCGAAGCUCUACCUCCAUCCUCUUAACACCCCACAAUUGUGAACAAAAGUAUCACGACCUCAAACGUCGAUACAUGGCCAACGGGACAAGAAACGACACCGUUUCCAGAUCGGACGAUGUCGGCGACGCCGGGACCGACAAUACUAUACCUUGGCUCGAUGAGUUGAGAAAACUCCGAGUCGCCGAACUCAAACGUGAACUCGAACGUUACGAUCUCUCCAUCGUGUCUCUCCAAUUGAAGGUGAAGAGAUUGAAAGAGGAACGAGAACAGAGUUCGAGAGAGAGUGAGAAAGAAAGAGAGAAAUCAGAUCUGGAGAAGAGUGUAGAGAGAGAUAUAAAGGAAGAGAAGAUAGACGAAGACGGUGAGCCGAAGAAGUUAUCGCCGGGAUCGGUUGCUGAUAAACCGGUUUCCGGUGAAGAAUCUGACAGGGAGAACCAGUCGGUCAACGAGUCGAAUUCGACAGAUCCGAAAAUUGAGAAUGUCGAAACCGGUCCAGCAGGGGCUGAGAAAGAACCGGAACCAGUUGAAACCGGUGACGAUAAACCAGAUCCGGUCGGUGAUUCAGCCAAGCCGGCCGGAGAGGAUUCGUGUAACGGAAGCUCGGAUAGUAUAGCGAAAGAACCGGCUCGUGAACCGGUGAAGAUUGAACAGGAGGGUGGUGGGAGUGAGUCGCCCGAGUUAUUGGAAUCGGUGGCCGAGUCGAAAGGUGGAAAUGAGGAGGGGGCCAAGGAGAACAGCGAUGUGCAGAGCUCAGCGAGUUUAUCGAGAAAGAAGGGACGGGAUAAGCUGCGCCCAGGUGCAUGUAGCAGCGGUGAGGUGCCGGAGAGCGAUGAUCGCUCUCCCGCCACCAAAGAGGUCUCCGUCAAGUCACAGCCGUUGAUUGAUUUCCUCGAGUCCAUCCGAUCUCACAAGCUCGGCUCGCUCUUUGAGCGCCGGCUUGAGAGUCAGGAAACCCCAACAUAUACAAACUUGAUACGGCAACAUAUAGAUCUCCAAACAAUACGAACGAGGAUUGAAGAAGGUUGGUAUUUGGGCUGCAACCGCAAGUUUUUUCGUGAUCUGCUGCUUCUCGUCAAUAAUGCCAUUGUCUUCUUUGGAAAGAACUCCUCAGAAUCUGCCGCUGCCAUUGACCUUUGGCAGCUCGUUUCAAAAGAGAUGGCUCAAAGAAAGGAUAAGUCAGAUCUGUUGGUAGAAGAACGACCUUCACUGCCACCGGUCCCCUUGCCUUUUAAAUCAGAUCCCGAACCGUCUGCUCCUUUGCUCCUAAAACCAAAAAUGUCAGUGCCAAUGAUUGUUUGCCGUAAACGCAGCUCAAUUGCGGCAAAAGCAUCAGGGUCGGCUUCAGGAGCAGCAGAUAAAAAGAGAGAAGCAUCAGGAUCGGCUUCAGGAGCAGCAGAUAAAAAGAGAGAAGCAUCAGGGUCGGCUUCAGGAGCAGAUAAAAAGAGAGAAGCAUCAGUGUCGGCUUCAGGAGCAGAUAAAAAGAGAGAGCAAACACCAGCAUUGGCUGAGGAGAAAUCAGUUCCGGAUUGGAAGUUACCUGACAAAAUCUCUGGUAAAGCAGAGGAACAAAUCACAAAGAAAAGAACAAGAGAUAGAUUUGUUUCAGGUUCAAGAAGCUCAAGGAAAAAUAGCAAGAGUCGUACUAAUACUAACUCCAACAAGAAUUCAGAAGCCAGUCUUAGCCAAAACCAAGGCAAGGGUGGGUCUCCCAGUGAGCAUUCAGAACCUGGAAGUGAGAAGAAGAAUACCACAACAACAACUACAACUGGUGUAAAUAAACGAAGUGCAGCUACCUUCUUGAACCGAAUGAGGCGAAGUUCAUCCUCGCACAACGGGUCAUUGCUAGAUACAUUGAAGAACUCUGCAAUCAGUUCUGACAAUAACAAGGGAGGAACUGAGCAGAAGAGAAGUGGCAAUGGUAGGGGCGAUGUAAGGAAAGAGCAGGUAAGCAGGAGGAGUUCGGCAGGGAGGCAAGUGAAGGAGCAGGGAAGCCCGUCAAAGAGAAGUGUUGGACGGCCACCAAAGGGAGCAACAGCACCACCUCCAACCCAACCGGCAGUUUCAGGCAAACGGAGUAGGGAAGUAAGUGAAACAGAGGCAGUGGCUUCAAAACAACCAAAGAAAAGAUCAAGGAAGUAAUUGCAGCCUCUGUAUAUUAUGUGUAUGGGUUAAUGUUUAAGUUGUAAUCAUGAAUUUGUUUUAUAACAGCAGAUUUGUUUUGUUUUGACUCCUUUUGGCAUGUCUUUUUGGCCACAUCAUUACUGGGACUCCUAUUUUGUAGAACAGUUGGAAACACAAUUAUGAAGAAAAUUCUGUUUCAGUUGAGAAGGGUUUGGUUCAUCUUUAGUUGGUUUCUCCUUUUAAUACUUGGGGACAGUUUUAGUUUCUGGUAAAGGCCCAACUUUGCAUGGAAGUUGCUAAUAGAUGUAAAAUAUCAAAAAUUAUUGUUUGUUUUUGCUUUUGGAUUAAAAUAAGAGCUUUUUAUUUAUUAGAUUCAUCAUCCAUCAGAUAAAAUAGCUUAUUCCUACCUUCUUUUGUUUUGCUCUGUGAUCUUCAAGCCAGCCUGAUGGGGGAAGCCAAGGGCAAUUUUGGGGGUCAUUGUGCUUGUCCACACCUUCCCAACCAAGUACUCAUUGGAAUGUUGGUUGCGCAAUUCUCAUGAAGGGCCUCAUUGAGUAUCGAUUGCCCAACGAAUGAUUGACAUGGCAGCUGCAUCUUCCAUACGACACGGGAGGUGUUGAUGGAUCCACAGGUAGGCCUUGCUUUCUUUAUACAUACGUGUACAUGUACAGAGUCUGCAAUGGAUCUUUGUUUACUUAUCUGCUAAUAGGAACUUAAAAUGCUGUCAUCUUUUGACCGUAAUUUUGGAACUAUUGUCAUUUUAUUGCUUUUUGUGUGAUUAAAAUUGAUUGGUAAUCCUUGAUUUUUUGUUAUGGUGCUCGUUAUGAUUUAAGUAUGAUGAGAUAGAAGUAACAUUUUUUUUUUUUUUUGGUUUUUUAUUUUUAUUUUCAAGAGUUAGAUUUAAUAAGUUCCGUUGUACAUCUUGCGCUCACAUUAUCUACAUACCUUACUUGAUUGACUAUUUCUUUGAAUUAUGGACAGAAGUAUCUAUCGGUUGUUAACAGUACUUAUUUCAUGCGAGAGAUUUAUAAGUUGAAUGUUUUUAGUUCGGUGGAAUGAUUGUAUGGUUUUAUUUGGUUGUCAUUCAUAUAUUUUUAAAAUAAUUUGGAUUUUUAGAAAUUAGAUGGGUUGAUUCAGUUUUGUUGAUAUUUUGAUUUAUGGUUAAAAGAAGAUAUAAAAUUCUUAGUCGUAACUCUUAAUUUAAUGGAAAGUUAUCGUUUCAAGAGAAUAAGAUAUUGUAUUGAAGGUAAUUUUUGGGGUUCUCUCACAUAUUUAGGUUGAUGGAUUUAUAUAUUGAUGUUUUGUUUUGAAUGGAAGCAGUGUUACGUGUUGUUGUGGAUGAGAGUAUGAAGCGUAGUUCUGGAGAGAUUGAGGUUGAGGAGGUCCUGUCUAGUGUUUCCAAGGCUCUUCAAAAUGGCACUAAGUUGUCCGGAUGUCACCUUAUGGUUUUAGGGUCUGGAGUCCUUAGUUAAAGUUGAGGCUGAAUAUAGCGGCAGGUUUUGAAUUCCAAGUUUCAAAGUUAUGAUGGUUGUGAUUAUUACUUGGUUGAGGUUGAUAUUUACCUAAACACUCACUCCGUAUAUAUUUUGCAUCGCAUCAGAUAGAUAGAAGAAGCCGUUCUCUUCUUUCACAUUUCAACUGCUUCCAUAAACAUUAUUGUCAUUGAUGUUAUGUGAGUUUUCGACUAUACGUCUUAGAAAUCCAAAAAAGCAAGAAAAACACUAUCAUCUUUAGAAGAAACUGCAAAAUGGCGAUUUUUGAAUAUUUUCCCUUUCGGUCAAAAGAAUCAAAAAUUGAAAUGACAUUGUUGUUGUAGAUUUUUAACUGAUCUUGUUUUUCUUAUGUGCUUUAUAGUUUAUGGAACUUUAUAUGAACAGCCUCUUCGCGACCUUUCCAUUUCUUUGGUGAAAAUCUUAGGAUCUAAAUGGAAUCAUUCUAACCAGAAUUAUGUUGAACGGAAUCUGAAGCAGGAAUUUGUCAUUAUUAUUGUUACUUGAACGGGUGCACCAAUUUCUUUGUUCUUCCGAAAAAGUCAUAGGUUAUCUGAAUUUGUGCUACCUUUUUGUUUUUGUUACCUUGUUCUCAUAUAAUAACUGUUUUUCAGUCCCUAAAAUUAGAACUCUGUGUUAUGGGGGCUAGAGAAGGUUUCACUGCUCAUUGGAUCUUCAAAGCUGAGAGUACCUAGUUCAUUAAGAUGUUUUCAUCAACCCAGUUGCUAAUUUUGUUUAUACAUGAUUUGAUUUGCAGGAAUUCGAUAAUAGUGUUCUGGAUCUGUGGUAAAAUUAUCCAAAGCUAGAUUUCAUCAUCAUAGAAGCUAAUAAAACAAAAUUGCACCAGAUAUGGAGAUCUUCCAAUAAAAGCUACCAUGUUGACUCUGCAAAUAACUUUGUUACCCAAUAGGUCACAGUUUGGACUACUGCACUCCCAAGUGCGUGGACAUAAAUUAAGACAUGUUACAGGUUGGAGAACUUGGUUAAGCUACAAAAAAAAAAAAAAAAUAAAUAAAA